GGGAGGGGGAGGAGCGUUUUCCUUGACGUGGACGCUCAUUUCCGUAAAGAGACGAUGGAGCAAUAGUGGCGUGGCGAGUCCAAGCGAUCACCACAUUAACCUUAAAUCGAGACGGGAUUUGGCCGUCAAUCCCUCGGCUGUGUUUGGGUUCACGGGAGUCAUACGCGGACUGAUCCCUUUCUGCUCCCGCCCCGCCCGUAGCCUCCUCCUUCUCCUCCUCCUCCUCCUCCCCCCAGCUCAGCAACAAUCAUGAUAAAAGCCAUUUUAAUAUUCAAUAACCACGGCAAGCCGAGGCUGUCCAAAUUCUACGAACAUUACAGUGAAGACACCGAGCAACAAAUCAUCAGGGAAACCUUCCACUUGGUCUCCAAAAGAGAUGAGAAUGUCUGCAAUUUUCUGGAAGGUGGAAUGUUGAUCGGCGGAUCCGACUACAAGCUGAUCUACAGACACUAUGCCACGUUGUACUUUGUGUUCUGCGUGGACUCCUCAGAGAGUGAACUAGGAAUUUUAGACUUAAUACAGGUAUUUGUGGAAACGCUGGACAAAUGCUUCGAGAAUGUCUGCGAACUUGACCUCAUUUUCCACGUAGACAAGGUUCACAACAUUCUGGCAGAGAUGGUGAUGGGCGGGAUGGUGCUGGAGACCAACAUGAACGAGAUCAUCACUCAGGUGGACGCCCAAAACAAGAUGGAGAAGUCUGAGGCUGGUAUUGCAGGAGCGCCCGCUCGUGCCGUAUCAGCAGUAAAGAACAUGAACCUCCCGGAAAUGCCCAGAAACAUCAACAUUGGCGACAUCAGCAUCAAAGUGCCAAAUUUGCCAUCCUUCAAAUAGCGGCACUCCGAUGACCCGCUGCCUGGAGAUGUCGCCCAAUGUUUAAACGUGAUGCAAUCUGUUUACCAUAACCUCUUACUAACUUGUUUUAUCCAAUCAUGGAAGUACUGUGUGAUUUAAAAAAAAAAAAAAAACAUCUUGGUCUGCUUUGUUUUGCUCAGAAAAUUAUUUUAUGCAUUUGUUGUUCUGUUACAAUUUUUUUUAAAAUGAAUUAUCUAUUCUGUUGAAAAAUAAAGUAUUUAUUUGUGCACGGUACAUUCCUACUCCCCUCAUGACGUUCAGCUGCUAAAGCCAUCUCAGUCCAACUGAAGUCAUUUCACCAACUCGAGUGUUUACUUACUUUCUGAGAAGAUAUGAAGAUUGAUUGAAGUGUUGUAAGUUGCUUAUGCCAAAAAAAAAAAAAAAAGUAAUGGGAACAGUCAGGAUCAAUAGUGUUGGAAAAUGCAUCCUUUGCAGUGCGUGUGAAACCAAACAAAACUUUGAAGAUUAUAAUAUUGCUGAUUGCUGUCUCACAGAAUUCUGAUCAUCUAUCCUCAAUUUAUAUUUUGUCUCUGUUGAAAUGAUUAGUUUUCUGUUAAUUUUAUUCUGCUCAUGAAUUUUGCCUGCCUCUUCUUUUACUACACAAUAAACAGUUGAAACUGA